GUGGGGAAGCCAUUGGCCGCUACUGGCGCACCUCCUCUGCUCUCUGGCUGCUGCUGGUGUCCCUGUUGCCCGCGCUGAUCCCUCCGGGAGAAGGACUUCGUGGGAAAGAAGAGAAAAAUGAAGACAGGAAAUUUUGAAAUGGUCACCAUGCUGCUGUCAGCUAUGAUUCUAAUGAAUAUCUUCCAGGUAAAGGCUAAUAUGUUAGACAUGGCAGAUAAUGCAUUUGAUGACGAAUACCAGAAAUGUACUGACAGGAUGGAAAUCAAAUAUGUUCCCCAACUGCUCAAGGAAGAAAAAGCAAGCCAUCAGCUCUUUGAGGAUGUGUGGGAAAAUGCAAAAGCCAAAUGGGAAGCUCAGAAGACUCAGCUCUCUCUCCCUAUGAGUUUUAAGGAUAACCAUGGAAUAGCCCUGAUGGCAUAUAUUUCCGAAGCUCAAGAGCAAACUUCCUUUUACCAUCUGUUCAAUGAAGCUGUGAAGAUGGCUGGCCAGUCUCGAAAAGAUUAUAUCUAUGGCUUCCAGUUCAAAGCUUUCCAUUUUUACCUGACCAAAGCCCUGCAAUUGCUGAGGAGACCUUGUGAGGAUAGCUACAAAAAUGUGGUGUACAGCACAAUCCAGGGUACUUCAUUUACCUUUGGAGGGCUAAACCAAGCCAGACUUGGCCAUUUCACCUUGGCACAUUCAGCCAAACCUCAAGCAGCAAGUGACCAACACAUUCUGUUAACCAUUCACACAUGCUUUGGGGUUGCCAUUGGAAAAUUUUUUGAUAAAGAAAACGAAAGUGGAAGAAUUAUUAUAAUACCCCUGAAUGAGAUUUUUCAUGUGUCACAGGAUGGGGCUAGCAAUAAUCUUAUCCUUCGAAGCACAAAUAAGACCUGCAGCCAUUACGAGUGUGCAUUUCUAGGAGGACUAAAAAUGGAAAAUUGUGUUGAGAACAUAGAAUAUUUUCUACCCAUAUAUGUUGCCAGCCCUGGUGAUAAGAAACAGAAGCUUGAAGACCCUGGAAUGAAAAGCCAGGAGUCCACUGUCUUACCUGGUAUGAAGAGCCAUGAACCCAUCCAAAUGCCUGAAUAUAAAAGUCAAGAAGACAUCAACAAUCCUACUCCAGCUCCAGCUCCAGCUCCACGUCCCAAAACCCAUCCCUCUGCAUCCUCUGGCAAAAGGCUCCUUCCACCAUUUGGGGCAAUCAUCAUUUUAAUCAGUGCUUCUCCUAUAUAUCUCUUUGUUAGUCUGUAGUCAGAUAUAUUCUUUAUUACUUGAAGUACAGUACAGGGAUCCCACAGGAAAUAAUCAAAAUGAAUGUUAUAUUUUUCACUUGUUGGCCAAAGUCAGUUGAUAAAAUGAGAACUGCAUAUGUUAUUCACUUUUCAAAUUCAGAAAGUUUGUCCAGUUAUGUUGUAGAAUCAUUUUCACUUAUUUGUGUAUUAAUCUUAUUGCAAAAACGUUAUUUCUGGUUGAAUUCAAUAAAAGACUUAAAAUUAUUAG